AUGCUUUCUUUAGACAAACAAAAGCAUUCAUCAAUGCCCGCACACAACACUCGGAGUCUCCCAAGGUAGAAUCAACAACAAGACAAGACUCAACUGUUCGAGUACGAUAAUGUCAAGGUAGAAGAUACAGAGAAAAAACACUGAGAGAGUGUUUGUUUUUGGUUAAUCGCUCUGAGAUCCAACCCCAAAAUGGGUUGUUCUUGAUUUUCACUGGGAGAGAUGGGUUUGAUUUGAUGAAAUAAUUCACAUGCCCACAUAGCUUAGAGGUUAAAUUUGUAUGAUUUUCUUUGGGUUUGUGUGAUUUUUGCAUGUGGGUCGUUUCAAUUCCCUUCAAUUGGUGAGAUAAUUAGCUUAGAAGUGUUUUUUCUUUUAUGGCGGAGCAUGUAGCAGCCUUGCACACUGCUACUAAUGCUUUGCAAGCGUUAGGAAGGGGGUUUGAUGUGAACUUCGAUACAAGAUUGCUUUAUUGCAAAGGAGUUUCAGGGUCUAGGUUAGUUGAGAUUGAUGAAGAACACCCGAGGGACUUGUGCUUGUACGAGGAUGUGGUUGUUCCUAACGUGUCCAGAGAUAUUGGAAGCUCUCCGGAGUCCAAUGAGCGUCAGAGUUCUGGGGUUUGCAGUUUCCAAGAGAUGGUUGAAUAUUUUAAUCGUAAGGCAAAUAUAUCAGGGAGCUAUCCUCUUGGGAGCUUUAACUCAGCAUUUAGCUUCACUGGUUCAAAAUAUGUUGAUGAUGUAGCCACAAAAACCUUGUCUUCAGAUGGGUUUUUCAUUCCGCUUGCAAAGCUUCAGCUCAAUAAACCCCGCUUACUGUUGCAAGAAAAUGUCAAAAGGGCUAUCCCAGUCAAUUGGGAUCCACCAUCCUUGGCAAGCUUUAUUGAAAAUUUUGGGACACAUGUCAUUACUUCAAUAACUAUUGGUGGUAAAGAUGUUAUUUACGUCAAACAACACAAUACUUCACCUUUGUCAAGGUUGGAGAUGAAAAACUACAUUCGGGAUAUUGGGAAUCAGAGGUUUUCUGACAUCAAUAGCCAUACAAGCUUAGGUCAAACAAAAUCCAAGGAUAAGGGUGUUGAUCCGUUUUCAUUCAAUAGUCAAGGGAUUUACCCUCAACCCACAACAGCAACAUAUCCUACUGGGAAAGAAGAUGUCACAGUCAUUUUUAGGAGGAGAGGAGGAGAUGAUUUGGAACAAAACCACAGUAUAUGGAUAAAUACAGUCAAGUCCUCCCCAGAUAUAAUUGAGAUGACUUUCUGUCCAAUAACAGAUCUCCUAGAUGAAGUACCUGGCAAAGAGCAUUUGACUCAUGCCAUUGGUCUUUAUCUUGAAUAUAAACCUCCAAUUGAAGAACUUAGAUAUUUCCUAGAGUUUCAGAUUCCUCGUGUUUGGGCUCCUAUGCACGACAGGAUACCUGGUCAGCAAAGGAAGGAACCUGUGUGCCCAUCUUUGCAGUUUAGUAUAAUGGGCCAGAAACUUUACGUCAGUCAAGAACAGAUUACAGUUGGACGUAGGCCAGUAACUGGCAUACGUCUUUGUCUAGAAGGAAGCAAGCAUAAUCGAUUGAGUGUUCAUCUUCAACACUUGGUAUCCCUUCCAAAAAUCCUUCAGCCAUAUUGGGACAGCCAUGUAGCUAUUGGCGCUCCCAAGUGGCAGGGACCUGAGGAACAAGACAGUCGGUGGUUUGAGCCUGUUAAGUGGAAGAAUUUUUCUCAUGUGAGCACCGCACCUGUCGAGAACCCUGAAACGUUCAUAGCAGACUUCUCCGGUGUCUGCGUAGUCACGGGAGCGCAGCUUGGAGUUUGGGAUUUCGGAUCACGGAAUGUACUGUACAUGAAGCUCUUGUACUCAAGGUUACCUGGCUGCACAAUCCGAAGAUCACUGUGGGAUCACAUCCCAAACAAGCCACUCAAAACGGUGAGUGUGGGGAACACUUCCAACCCAGAUGAAUCGAGCAUUAGUUCUAGAGAAAACACCACCACAGGGAACAAAUUGGUUAAGUAUGUUGACUUGUCUGAAAUGAGCAAAGGACCGCAAGAUCCUCCUGGCCAUUGGUUAGUAACUGGUGGAAAGCUUGGUGUUGAAAAAGGGAAGAUUGUUUUGAGACUGAAAUAUUCAUUGCUUAAUUACUGAUUUCACUGUCCAAGUUUGUUGUAUAUGGGGAUGUUCAGUGAUGGCUUGUGUUAGUGGAGGCAGUGUUUUAGGUGCUCUUAUUAUAACUUGCCCUUGUAGUCCAUGUGAAAACGUUUUUUUAGCUUGAUGACCUGAAUUGAAUAGGAAGGUUUUACUUUAA